AUGAGGUUUCUCAAGAAGACAAGCGAUACGUAUGCUGGUACUGCAAGCUCUAAAAAGCCGGGUGCCUACCCGGUCUCGGGGGGUUCCCCAGGAGGGUCGCAUCUUGACGGGAUCGCCAACAACGGCGCAACUUCUACCGUCGCACUGAAUGGACAGCUGGUCGAGGAAUCUCCUCUCCAUAAUGAGACAAAAGCAGGAACGUCCUUGGCGGUGGAUGUGGAGCCGGUCCAGGAACACAGUCGCACGUGGCUAGUUUUGUCUCUGCUGGCUAUUCUUGUCAUAGUUGGCAUUAUCAUUGUUCUCUCCGUUGCCUUGAGUGGAGGGUUUGAUGGAGAUGAUGACUCUGGUAGCAGUAAUGAUUUCCCUGUCAAUCUGGACACCAAGGCUUCUACGUUGGACAAGAUAAGAAGCGCGGGAGUGCUAAGAGCUGGAGUGCUAAGAGCUGGCUAUCUUGUGGAAUUUGAACAAUUCCCAGAUCUGACAAGGGCAAUUGCUGGUGGUAUCAUGGGUGGAGCUGGUACUGUUGAAUUCGAAAAGAUGUCCUUUCUUUCAGAUCUCGUUACAAGUCUUGCCAAUGGCACCGUAGACAUUUUACUCACAGUUAUCCCCCAUACCAUGGAAAGGGAUGUUUUGUGGUCAUUUUCACCGUCUGUUCCUUUCAUGUACAGUGGAUUGCAAGUGGCUGGCGAUCAUUUCCAUGUACAGUGUGUAGAAGAUGGAUUCCACCAUCUUGGUGAGUGCAGUGGGUUGCGAGUAUGUGUUGAAGGACACAAUUAUAAGGCCAUUCGCACCCAUUUGCCGAUCGGAUACAUGGGUAACAAACACAUUUUUGUCGUCGACACAAUCGAGGGACUCCUUGAAGGAUUUAAGCGAGACUGCAAUGUUUUGGCCAGUGACAGGUUGAUCCUCCAAGAUAUUUAUUUGAGGACUCAGUCAUGGAAUGGAACCUUCACAGUUGGUGAAAACUUCUACUCAAGGAAGCCUUUUGUGGCUCUGACGCGAAAUGACGACCCUGAGUUCUCAGAUUUUGUCAAUGCCAUCAUUAUGGGUCUCAUGGCUGCAGAACAGCAAAACAUUACCCAGGCAACAGCCCACCUACUCCCCCAAACAACCCUCUUUGGGGAGGACUACAAGGACAUGUUCCGGAAUGCCAUUUCUGCAGGUGGCAACUUUGGAGAGGUGUAUGAUAAUCAUUUUGAAGGUUCUCUGCCAAGAAGUGUCGUUGAUUCCAUCAACAAUGGCACUACUGGCUUGCUGUACCCCCAUCCCUUUGGGGGCAUUUCCAUGGAUAAGGGUACCUUUUUGAAUGUACAAGGAGAGAGAGAAAUGUUGCGCUGUGGCAUUCACACAGACAGACCUGGGUUUGCUGCUGGAACUGAGAACAACACCUAUUCUGGGAUGGAUGUGGACUACUGCAGGGCCUUGGCUGUGGGUCUCUUCAAGGGUGAUGAUGAAGCAGUAGAGUUUGUGGAAGUGGUGGACCAGAGUGAUGGUUAUGCUCUACUUGCUUCCAGGGAGAUUGAUGUGCUGACUGGGGCUACCUGGACCCUGCAGAAUGAUGUGAAAGAGCCCACUACCAAUCAAGGCUAUUCCUUCUCUAUCCCAUAUUUUUAUGGCUACAGCCCCAACCAUGACAAUUUUUGCUUGGCCACACGACAAGAUGAUCCAGACUGGAGUGGGUUUGUGUACUGGAUUGUCACGUCCACCUUUUAUGCUGAGGAACAUGGUAUUGGGCACCAGAACUCCUCCCUUAUGCCUGAAGUCUUUGUGUAUGGACCAAGGAUGAAACAUGUCUUUCGUGAUGUCACUCUAGCUGUUGGGAGCUAUGCUGAGAUUUAUGAGAGGAAUGUUGAGGCUUUGAUACCACGUUCUGGCAGGAACCUUUUGAAUACCCAGCCAGAGUCCCAGCACUAUGUUGUACCUGGGCUCUUUUGA